CCCGCCCCGAUCUCACCACCCCCACGCUUUCCUCUCCCACUAUCGCCCGAGCUCGCCACCACGGAUCGCCUGCCUUUCCUUCGCCGUCUCGGUCCGCCGGAGCCGCAGUCGUCCUCUUCUCGUUUCGGCAUGGACGAGCUUCCGGGUAUUCUCGCCCGGGAUUUCGGGUUCCGGCCGCAGGGCAAGUCCGCUCCCAUGGCCGCAUCCAAGGCCGCCUCCGCUGGCGGCGUGAAUCUUGACGCCGGAAUGAACAGAUCCUCUGAAGCGAGCUCGUCCUUGAAUAGGCCGAGAUCCGGGCCGAACCCGACCUCGGCCGGGGAUCCAUUCCUCGGUGAUCACCGAUUCAAGACUCCCGGAAGCCGGAGCCCCCCGGGUCACGAUGAUAUCUUCGGAGGUCCUCCGAGUUAUUCGAAUAAGUCCUCCGAUCGGAGGUCGGUGGAGGGUCUCAGCCACUACAAAUCGAAAUCUUCGUCUUCUUUGCCGGUGUAUGAUAAGCCGGUUCAUGAUGAUGAUGCCAUCUUCGAUGGGGUUCCCGGAUUAAAGAGCACGUCUGCUAAGUAUGACGAUAUAUUUUCUUCGGUCUUGCCGGCAUCCAAACAUGAUUCUACUCCCCCAUACGACGAUCUUCUUGAGAAUCUUGGGAAACCAAUGCCGGCGCCAAAGAACGCGAACGAGGAGAGAUCAGGUGAGAAAGAGCACGACUUGUCCGGAUUUGAUGAGCUGAUUCCUGGAUUUGGUGGGAGCAGUCCUCCCAAGAAAAGGGAGCCUCCAGAGGUUAACCAACAAAAGCCUUCUGUUUCAUCAGCUAAACCAGCUUCCAUUGUGACAGAGGACCCCUUUGUUGUUUUAGAAACAGAAUCUACCUCUACAUCAUCUUCAGGCUUUAUCCUUGACCCUUUGGAAAAUAUUAGCAUGCCUCUGAACUCAGAAAACAUGAAGGUUGGCGCUUCCUCUGUUAGUGGGGGCUCAUCUGUUGAGAUUGAUUCAUUUGGUGGACUCUCCAAAUCGAUGCCAGCAUCUAUGGCUGACAUAAAUGAGAGUCAGAAGAACAAGGGUUAUACACAUGAUGCCCACAACAUGAGCCCUGGGCAUCAUUUUUCUGGAGGACAAGCUCAACAGGCUUCAGCAGAUGCCCAUGAAAGCAUCUUGCCAAAGAUGCAUCCUCCUAAAUCUUCUGACUCGCAGAAAUUUGCUGGUGUAAGUGGUGUCCAAAGUUCUGCUACACAUGGAAGAAAUACCACAGUUGACCAAACCCCAAAGUCCUAUGAACAGUCAGAGACAGCAGAUGAUGUAUGGCUAACUGUUGAUGAGAUUCCCCUCUUCACUCAACCUUCAGGUGCUUCUCCGCCUUCUAGGCCUCCUCCUCCAUUUGACACAAAAAAAGCCACUUCUGCAGACAAUGGAAAAAGGGAAAAAGAAUCCUUAUCCCAGCCUACUCAAAGCUAUACUUAUACAAAAGAUAAAGCAAGGAAACCUGUUGUAUCUCCAAUAGAUGAACUUGAAGAUUUUGCGAUGGGCAAGCCUCAGACGCAUUCACAGGACCAUGCAGAUAUCUUUACUAGAGAAAACAAUAUAGAGGCAAAUUCAGAUGCUGCAGCAUCUGCAGCUGCUAUGAAGGAGGCUGUGGACAGAGCUGAGGUAAAGUUCAGGCAUGCUAGGGGGUUAAGGGAGAGAGAACGCAAUCCAAAGUCAACUAAAAGCAGAGUACCUGUAUGGCACGAAAGAGUUCAAAAAGCAAAAAUAUGUGAACAUGAUGUAGAAGAUAAAGAGAAUCAAGAAAGAAUAUAUAAGGAACAACAACAGAAGGAAUGGAGGAGAAUUGAAAAAGAAAGAAAAAAAGAACAGGCCAGACAAGCUGCAGAGAGAGCUACAAGAGAGGUACAGGAACGGUCAGCUGCUGAAGGUCGACUAAAAGCUGAGAAGGCAGCUGCAGGAAUACAUGAAAGAGCUGCAGCAGAGGCUCGAGAAAGAGCAGCAGCAGAAGCAAGAGACAAAGCUGCAGGAGAAAAGCAGCAGAAACCUGAAAAUGACCUCGAGUCUUUCUUCUCAAUGGGUACUCAAGCAAGCAGUUCACCCAAGCAAAGGGCUACAGUAGAAUCCAUGUUUGAUGUUCAAUCUCAAAGCAAGGGUGGUUAUGAUGGGACAAGAACAUCUUCAAGUUUCUCAUCUACCAUCAGGAAGGCAUCUUCCACAACAAAUAUUGUGGAUGAUCUAUCUUCCAUUUUUGGAGCUCCUCAAUCAUCUGGAGAGUUCCAAGAAGCUGGAGAGAGUGAAGAAAGAAGAAAAGCUAGACUGGAACGGCAUCAAAGGACACUUGAGCGUGCGGCCAAAGCAUUGGCAGAGAAAAAUGAGCGUGAUAUGCAAAUUCAGAGGGAGCAGGCAGAAAGACAAAGGAUUGCAGAAGCACUGGAUUUUGAUAUAAAACGUUGGGCUUCUGGGAAAGAAGGAAAUUUGCGUGCCUUGUUAUCAACAUUGCAAUAUGUAGUUUGGCCCGAAUGCAGUUGGCAGCCUGUAUCUUUGACUGAUUUGAUCACUGCUGCUGCAGUGAAAAAGGUUUAUAGAAAGGCAACCUUGUGUCUCCAUCCGGAUAAGGUGCAACAGAAGGGUGCAAAUCUUCAACAAAAAUAUAUUGCUGAGAAAGUGUUUGAUCUCCUUAAGGAAGCUUGGAACAAGUUCAGUUCUGCAGAGCUCUUUUUAUAGGAUCGACUACAUCGUUGUCCGGGAGAUACAGAGAGGGCAAGUGCAUUCUCAAUUACACUACAAUCCAUGUUUAUUCCAUUGGUUUUCUUGAUGUGGUGAUCAUUUAGCAACGUCCUGCUUCACCCGUGUAGAUGCAGAUUUGAAUUAGGAAACUAUAUCUCUUUAAUGAGAUAUAUAUGUUCGUUGUGUAAAUCCAUGCCAUUGAUUAGAUUACAAAAACUAGUUUCGGUGAAGAAAGCUUGUCAAACACUACCCUUUUUCUUGUGACGGGUUAUGGAUGACUGUUCGACUUGAA